UGUGUUUCUUCCCUCCAUAGGCGUUGAACCGGGGCAUCGCUGCUGUCAAGGAAGAUGCAGUGGAGAUGCUGGCCAGCUACGGGCUGGCGUACUCCUUAAUGAAGUUCUUCACGGGCCCCAUGAGUGACUUCAAAAAUGUGGGCCUGGUGUUUGUGAACAGCAAGCGGGACAGGACCAAAGCUGUCCUGUGCAUGGUGGUGGCCGGUGCGAUCGCCGCCGUCUUCCACACCCUGAUAGCGUACAGUGACCUCGGCUACUACAUCAUCAAUAAACUGCACCACGUGGAUGAGUCCGUGGGGAACAAAACGAGAAGGGCUUUCCUGUAUCUUGCUGCCUUUCCUUUUAUGGAUGCAAUGGCAUGGACUCAUGCUGGCAUUCUCUUAAAACACAAAUACAGUUUCCUGGUGGGAUGUGCCUCAAUCUCAGACGUCAUAGCUCAGGUCGUUUUUGUAGCCAUUUUGCUUCACAGUCACCUGGAAUGCAGGGAGCCCCUGCUCAUCCCCAUCCUCUCCUUGUACAUGGGCGCCCUUGUGCGCUGCACCACCCUGUGCCUGGGCUACUACAAGAACAUCCACGACAUCAUCCCGGACAGGAGUGGACCGGAGCUGGGGGGAGACGCGACAAUAAGGAAGAUGCUGAGCUUCUGGUGGCCUUUGGCUCUGAUCUUGGCUACACAGAGAAUCAGCAGACCUAUCGUCAACCUCUUCGUGUCCCGGGACCUUGGUGGCAGUUCUGCAGCUACAGAGGCCGUGGCAAUUUUGACAGCCACAUACCCCGUGGGCCACAUGCCAUAUGGCUGGUUGACGGAAAUCCGCGCUGUCUACCCAGCUUUUGACAAGAAUAACCCCAGCAACAAAGCGGCGAGCACGAGCAACACGGUCACGGCGGCCCACAUCAAGAGGUUCACGUUCGUCUGCAUGGCCUUGUCGCUGACGCUCUGUUUUGUGAUGUUCUGGACCCCCAACGUGUCUGAGAAAAUUUUGAUAGACAUCAUCGGCGUGGACUUCGCCUUUGCAGAACUCUGCGUGGUUCCUUUGCGCAUCUUCUCCUUUUUCCCAGUUCCAGUCACCGUAAGGGCCCAUCUCACCGGGUGGCUGAUGACUCUGAAGAAGAUUGUCCUGGCCCCCAGCUCCGUGCUGCGGAUCGUCGUCCUCAUCGCCAGCCUUGUUGUCCUGCCCUACCUGGGGGUCCAUGGAGCCACCCUGGGUGUGGGCUCCCUCCUCGCGGGGUUUGUGGGAGAAUCCACUAUGGUCGCCAUAGCAGCGUGCUACGUCUACCGGAAACAGAAAAAGAAGAUGGAGACCGAGUCAGCCGCCGAGGGGGAGGACUCGGCGAUGACGGACAUACCUCCAGCAGAGGAAGGGACAGACAUCGUGGAGAUGAGGGAGGAGAAUGAAUGAGGCGCCGCAGGGACAGCUAAGGUGACACUUCGGCGUCAUCUGCUCUCCUGUCGUGUUUUUUCCGGUUUGUUUUGGUAACGCAAGAGGCCUUGAUUCAAAGGUUUCACGGACACGCUGGCAUACUGGGUAUGCUCACGCUGAUGUGGGGGCCUGCAGAAUGGGCUUGUCACUGCUUUGUGGAAACAGAACAAUUGACUUCAUGCCCCCGCUUCGUGAAAACCCCAAAGACAUAGCUGCCUGGUAGUCUACGUUGUCUCCCCUCCCCCAGACAGUCUCCACUUGGAACCAAAGGACCACGGCACACCCCUUGGCCACCACUGCCCAGCAGGCCACAGACUCACCCUGUCCCUUGCAUCCCUCUUAAGAAUCAACAGGUGACAACUCGGCUUUCUUUGAUUGGCUUCCCAGUAACAUGGCUGUGCGAAGAGAUGUAAGCCAGCAACCUCCCACCGUGGAGGCACAAACCGUCUGCGACACGCGUGCGGAGGGCAGCACCAGGCUGCAGCCCAGAGUGGCCAUUCCUGCUCAGGAAUGGAUCCGUGAACACGCUGGACGGACGGACAGAUGGAAAUCAUCUCCCAUGGGAAGGUUUGAGGUGCCGUGGGAGCAGCGAACUGAUACAUGCAAACGAUAGCGUCUCACCUCACAUUUUUCCUAGAUUCGAGUGUGCGCGCACUUUCCCGCACCACCAUGUACAUACGUGAGCUGCCUUGUUCAAGGUGUCACAAAAGUGCAUCUCCCCAUCGCAGCGUCCUUGGGCAUGACUUUCCCAGAAGGCUUGCUUUUCACUCACCUUUCCUGAAGAUGGCACUAGAGCAAGUGAAACGGAGCCGUCUAACUUGUACAUGUUAGUUUUUAAAGGGAACUGAAGCUUUAAGUCAUAAUCUAGCAUUCUAAUGCCAGGUUGCCGAAUCGUCACUUGGGAAGUAGAUUUAUGACCUGGUCCUGCCAUUCUUAGUCCUCACCAUGCGGUACAGGUAAUUCCGAGUGUACUGUAUUCCCCUUUUACGCCACACGAGAAAGCAAGACAUUUUAUAAACCAUAGCAAAGUCACUAUGUGAUACUCCCUGAAACGAUACAUUUGAAAUCCAUUUAGUGCAGUCUAUUUUUCUAAGUUUUGGAAAGCGGGUUUUUUUCUUUAAAAAAUUUUGGACACAGUUCACUAAAUUCUUGAUUUAGUCAAAAUUCCUAGACUGAAAGAACCUAACCACAAAAAAAAUAUUUUAAAGAUAUAAAUAUAUACUGUAUAUGUUAUGUAAUUUAUUUUAGGCUAUAAUACAUUUCCUAUUUUCGCAUUUUCAAUAAAAUGUCUCUAAUACAAUACGGUGAUUGCUCGUGUGCUCAAGGUACCUGCAGUUGAAAACGUAUUGUAUCCAUGGAUGUUGUAUCUUGUUUGUAGCAGUUUUACAGUCUGUCAUUUGUAUAUAAAUGUAAGGGUCAGUAAAUGACAAGAGAACUAUUUUUCACUAUGAGUAACAGGGGUUUAAAUGGGUCAGGUGGUGUAGACUAUCGUGGGAAUGGAUAUACAUGCUAGAAGAGCAAAAAGAAGGAAAAAGUCAAGCCUUUUGCGUUUAUUGCUUUCAGUGCUGUGUAAUCAUUAUCAUCCCUCAUAGAAAAAAAAGAAUGUAAGGGCUUAGAGUCAGCCAUGAACAUCACAGGGUCCAUUUACAUGUCUGGACAAAUCCCCAUGUGCUUCCUGUGAGCAGUUUGUCAUAUAUAUAUGCAGAAAAUUAAGAUGCAUAACUUUGGGGUGUUUCAGGGGCAGAUCUGAGAGGAUGGGGAAAACAUCUAAUUGUAUCAGCUUUUUUAAAGUACAUGACUAGAAAAUUAAACAGCAGUAUUUUUAACAUG